AGCCGGCCUCAGAUCUGGCACCGCAGGACACGCACAAGUCACUGGAGUCAGUCCGCCUCCUUCGCCCUUCAACAUGCAGCCAACAAGACUUACAACUCGGCAGUGACUUGUGUGUUUCCAAAGUGGCGAGUACUGACCCGUUUGAGCGAGCAGAUUGUGCGCAAAGAGCGAAAUCGAGGACAAACUGUGCGUAUUUUUCUUUUCGUCUUUUUCUUGGAGCCAAAAGCAGGCAGAGUUGAGCUUUUCUACAGGAUUUUUUAUUAUUAGUAUUAUUAUUAUUAUUAUUUAAAGGGGACUAUUUUGGUCAAAGCCUUUUCACCGACAUGGAGUAUACGUCAUCCCCGAAACCGCAGCUCUCGUCCAGGGCGAACGCUUUCUCCAUAGCCGCCCUGAUGUCCAGUGGGAAGCCCAAUAAGGACAAGGAGACGGAGGAGAACACCAUCAAGCCUCUCGAACAAUUUGUGGAGAAGUCCUCCUGCAACCAGCAGUCUCUGGCUGACCUGUCCUCCCUGGACGGACACGGGGACUUCAGCGGGAGCGCGCCCGCGGUGUGCACGGAGCCGCUCAUCCCUACCAAUCCCGGCAUCCCCAGCGAGGAGAUGGCGAAGAUCUCGUGCAGCUUGGAAACCAAAGAGCUGUGGGACAAAUUUCACGAGCUCGGCACCGAGAUGAUCAUCACCAAGUCUGGAAGGAGGAUGUUUCCCACCAUCCGGGUCUCUUUCUCCGGGGUGGACCAGGACUCCAAGUACAUCGUGUUGAUGGACAUCGUCCCAGUAGACAACAAGCGGUACCGGUACGCCUACCACCGCUCCUCCUGGCUGGUGGCCGGCAAGGCCGACCCUCCUCUGCCCGCCAGGUUGUACGUCCACCCGGACUCACCGUUCACUGGAGAGCAGCUCAUGAAGCAAAUGGUUUCCUUCGAGAAAGUCAAACUGACAAACAACGAACUGGACCAGCACGGACAUAUCAUCCUCAACUCCAUGCACAAGUACCAGCCGCGGGUCCACAUCAUCAAGAAGAAGGAGCACACCGCCUCGCUGCUCAACCUCAAGUCCGAGGAGUUCCGCACCUUCGUCUUCGUCGAGACCGUCUUCACCGCCGUCACGGCCUAUCAGAACCAGCUGAUCACCAAACUGAAGAUUGACAGCAACCCGUUCGCCAAAGGUUUCCGGGACUCGUCGAGGCUGACGGACAUGGAGAGCAGGGAAAGUGUUGAGAAUCUGAUCCACAAGCACUCGUACGCCCGGUCGCCGAUCCGGACCUACGCUGGCGACGAGGAGAACCUGAGCGAGGACGGACACAGCGCACACACCAGAGGCUCUGCGUUCACCGCCUCAGACAACCUCUCCCUGAGCUCCUGGGUCACCACCACUUCGGGCUUCUCGGGCUUCCAGCACCCACAGUCCCUGUCGGCCAUGGGCACCGGCGCCGCCUCCCUGCCCCACCCCAUCCAGGGCUCCCUGCCCCCCUACAGCCGACUGGGCAUGCCGCUGACGCCCACCGCUCUGGCUGGAACCAUGCAGGGCAGUGGGCCGUCCUUCCCUUCCUUCCACAUGCCCCGCUACCACCACUACUUCCAGCAGGGGCCCUAUGCCGCCAUCCAGGGACUCCGCCACACCUCCACGGUCAUGACGCCCUUUGUAUGACUCCGUCCUGGGGAGGAGACGGCCGAUCUUCGCUCUGAUCCCCAAUCCAGCGCAACCAGUUAUUUCUCCACUCCGACUCAUCACUCCUCAUCCUGUUUGUAUCUUUCCCCCCUGGUCUUUGUAAAUAGUUCACCUGCUGCGAGUGAGGUGUGAGAAGAGAAUGUGGCGCACUGAUCCAGAAAAUCCCCCCCCCAAAAAAAGGACUGUGGCGCCUCCACAGGACCUGCGGACACAUCAGCAGGGCCUGUGGUUUCUAUGAACCCUUUAGUGACGUUGUACAAACACUUACAACCUCAAAACAAACUGUAAAGCCUGACGUGAGACGAUACAAGGAGCAUGUUUGGUCUUGGCCCUUGGAGAACAGAAAGUGGAUCCUCAACCUAAACUUAUUUUAACAAUAUUUAGAAGACCCUCUACAGGUGUAACAGUCCCUACAGGGUCUCCACCGGGGCUUAAGAGAUGGCAGGUUGCUGUGUGAUCCACCAGUGCAACCUAAGAUGAGGAUUUUUGGAGAGACUCAUCCGAUGCUGCAGUAUGUUGGACGCCGAGGCAUAGUCGGAGUCUGUGAACAUUUCAGCAUAUCAGAAUCUCAGCUUUCCUCUGUUUUCUAGAAACCAGCCAUAUGUACAGUUCAGACUUCACGCUCUGUUGAAAAUAAUGUCAGAAACACGUUAAAGUGCAUUGUACAAACUUGAAAAUGCAACAUUUACUCACUGUAGAGUGCAAA